CGGAAGCGGGCUGAGCGCAGUAAAGUUGGGCUUCUCCGCCUGAGGAAAAGCCCCUGGGCGUUCCUUCGUGCGCCCCGCGACCGUGCCGCGCCAUGGGGGUCCCGAGCCUUUGGCCGCCCGUCGUCCGGGGACCGCCGCUGUGGCUGCUGCUCCUUCUCUCUGGCGCGCUGGCCCCGGGCCGCGCCGCUCUGCAUAUCUUGGACCACCCGGCGCCCGUCUGCUCGCAGCCGGAGUUAAACUGCACAGUGAAGAAUAGUACCUGCCUGGAUGACAGCUGGAUCCACCCUCGAAACCUGACCCCCUCAUCACCAAAAGAUGUCCAGAUCCAGCUGCACUUGGCCUACACCCGGUCUGGAGACCUUGUCCCUGUGGUUCACGUCGAAUGGAUGCUACAGACAGAUGCCAGCAUCUUAUACCUGGAGGGUGCAGAGCUGUCCAUCCUGCAGCUGAACACCAAUGAACGAUUAUGUGUCAAGUUUGAGUUUCUCUCCAGACUGAAGCAUCACCACAGGCGGUGGCGUUUUAACUUCAGUAACUUUGUGGUGGAGCCUGGCCAGGAGUACGAGGUGACUGUUCACCACCUGCCCAAGCCGAUCCCCGAUGGGGACCCAAACCACCAGUCCAGGAACGUUCUUGUGCCUGGCUGCGAGGACCCCAGGAUGAAGAUGACCACGCCGUGUGUGAGCUCAGGCAGCCUAUGGGACCCCAGCAUCACCGUGGAGACUCUGGAGGCCCAGCAGCUGCGGGUGAGCUUCACCCUGUGGAACGAGUCUGCCCAUUACCUGCUGCUGCUGAACAGUUUUCCCCAUGCCGAGAACCACAGCUGCUUCGAGCACAUUCAGCAGAUACCUGCGCCCAGACGGGAGGAUUUCCACCAGCGAUGCAACGUCACGCUCUUUCUGCACAGCUCCGAGUGGUGCUGCCGCCACCAAGUGCAGAUCCAGCCCUUCUUCAGCAGCUGCCAGAACGACUGCCUCAGACACUCUGUGACCAUCUCCUGCCCUGAAAUCCUCUAUGUUCCAGACUCCGUUGCAGACUUUGUCCCGCUGUGGGUGUACGUGUUCAUCACGGGCAUCUCCAUCCUGCUGGUGGGCUCCGUCAUCCUGCUGGUCGUCUGCAUGACGUGGAGGCUCUCUGGAUCUCAUGAAAAACGUGGUAAUGACACCAGAUUCACUGGCACCCCGCCUGCGGCUGACCUGACCCCCCCACCCCUGAGGCCAAGAAAAGUCUGGAUCAUCUACUCAGCCGAUCACCCCCUCUACGUGGACGUGGUCCUCAAGUUCGCCCAGUUCCUGCUCACAGCCUGCGGCACCGAGGUGGCCCUGGACCUCCUGGAAGAACAGGUCAUCUCAGAGGUGGGGGUCGUGACCUGGGUGGGCCGUCAGAAGCAAGAGAUGGUGGAGAGCGACUCCAAGAUCAUCGUGCUGUGCUCCCGAGGUACGCGGGCCAAGUGGCAGGCCAUCCUGGGCCGCGAGGAGCCUGCUGUCCAGCUGCGGUGCGACCGCUGGAAGCCCGCGGGGGACCUUUUCACGGUGGCCAUGAACGUGAUCCUCCCAGACUUCAAGAAGCCGGCCUGCUUUGGCACCUACGUCGUCUGCUACUUCAGCGGCAUCAGCAGUGAGAGCGACGUCCCCGACCUCUUCAACAUCACCCCCAGGUACCCCCUCAUGGACAAGUUUGAGGAGGUUUAUUUCCGGAUCCAGGACCUGGAGAUGUUCGAGCCUGGCCGGAUGCACCGCAUCGGGGAGCUCACGGGCGAGAACUACCUGCAGAGCCCCAGCGGCCGGCAGCUCAAGGAGGCCGUGCAGAGGUUCCAGGAGUGGCAGGCCCGCUGCCCCGACUGGUUUGAGUGCGAGAACCUUGGCUCGGUAGAUGAGCAGGACCCCCUGUCCCUGGACGAAGAGGUGUUUGAAGAGCCGCUGCUGCCCCCUGGGAGCGGCAUCCUCAGGCAGAGGCCCCUGCUGCAGGAGCCUGCCUGCCAGGGCUGUGUGGCAGUGGAGCCACUGGGCGGCGAGGCCGAGGGAGGACCAUCGAAGCUGGAACCUCAGCUGCAGCCCCUGGGGGUGCUGGCGGCCCAGGCUCUCCACACCGUGCUGCUCCCCGGGCAGGAGGUCACUGUGACCCACGUGCUGGAACCCGGGCCCCUUGCUGACGGGAGCAGUACAGCAAGCCGGCUGGCCGUGGUAGAGGAGGGGGAGGUUUAUCCACUGCUGGGGGGCCGUGGUCCCCGGCGGAACAGCCUCCUGUUCCUCCCCCUGGACCCAGAGGACUCACCUCUCUGCAGCACGCCGCUGGAGUCACCAGAGCCGCUGGCGUCACCGGAGCCGCUGGCUGGGGCUGUCAGGGAGCAGCUGGAAGGCCUGAUGGUCUCACUGUUUGAGCAGAGCCUGAGCUGCCCCGGCCAGGAGGGGUGGGAGAGGCCCGCAGUGGCCCUCAAAGACCUGUACACGCCCCACGAGGAGGAGCAGCGGCAGUCAGUGCAGUCAGACCAGGGCUACAUCUCCAGGAGCUCCCCACAGCCCCCCGACGGACAUGCCGAUGCGGAGGACGGAGAGGAGGGGGAGCAGGGCCCCGCCGAGCACCUGUCUCCCGAGGACCUGGAGAGCCUAAGAAGCCUCCAGCACCAGCUCCUCUUCCAAGAGCUGCAGAAGAACUCCAGCUGGGAGGGCGUGGGGUCAGACAGAGCAGCCGCCGAGGGGCUGGCCCCUUCCUAGGGCCUCCAGGGUCCCCAGCGUGGGGGUGUGCUCCCGGGCGUGCACGUGUUUGUAUGUAGACUUGGUGUACGGCGUUCCAGUGCACACAUCUUAGUUCUGUGUGACCAUCCUCCACCCCAGGAAGCCAUAGCCCAUUCCCAGGAGCUCGUGGCUGCGUGUCCAUUCAUUCGGUCUGUGUUUUGUACCUACCAUGUGCUGGGCAAUUGGGAUACAAGGAGCAGCUGGUUUCCUGAGUCAAGUGAUUGGGGCCUCCCAGCUCCUAGAUGGGGGCAGCGUGUGGGGUGAGUGCUGGAAGGGAGUGGAGCCCACGAGAGAGACGUGGAUGGGGAGAGCCUGGUGGGCAAGGCUGGGAGCCGGACAUCAGCCUGAUGAAAGUCGGGACCCCUUUCGCUAGAUGGGCUGUGCCCUGCCUGGGAGAGGCCGAGGGCCAGACUUGCCAGGAAGUUGCCUCAGAUGGCUUUUAGCAAGAGACAGCAUAGAUGUAUGUGCUGGGGGUAGGGGGUAAUGUUCAGGCAGUUGUUGAGACACCACUUGGGGGGCCAGUCUAUUCGUGUCCCAGCUGCUCUACUUGCAAUCCAGCUCCCUGCUAAUGGCCUAGGGAAAGCAGUGAAGGAUGGCCCAAGUGCUUGGAUCUCUGCCACCAUUUGGAGACCCAGAUGAAGCUCCUGGCUUCCACCUGGCCACUGUGAACCAGAGGACGGAAGAUCUCUCUCUUUCUCCACCUCUCUAUAAUUCUUGACUUUCAAAUAAAUCAAUCUUAAAAAAAAAUCCCUUGGGAUACCCACAUCCCGUAUCAGAGUGCCUGGAUUCAAGUCUGUUUGUACUUCGCAUUCCAGCUCACUGCUACCCAGGGUGACAGGAGGUGAUGGUCAAGUACUUGAGUCCCUGCCACCCAUGUGAGACACACAUGGAGUUCUGAGCUAUUGAAUUUGGCCUGGCCGGGCCCGGGCUGUUGUGGACAUUUGGGGAGUUAGCCUGUACUUGGAAGAUUUCUCUGCUACUGUAUCUCUGCUUUUAAAUAAAUAAA